GGCCAACAAUUUCUAAAAAGCAAGUGCAGUCGAGAGAAAAAUCAGAAGGUUUUCCUGUUUUGAUACGUUUUUUUCUAUAAGCACAAUACUACAGUCGUGCUUUGUUUCAUGUGCUCCCUUCAUCAUUGGCUUCCGCGCGGUACAGUGAUACAGUUUCCAACGUACACUGGAGUUCACCGUUUUCGAUGUUCGGAGUGAAAAUAGAAAAGAGAAACGGCCAAUGUCACCCAAUCGUUUGAGGUGGCACAAGUGUAACACACCUCCCAGCCAAUGAUACGGGGGAGCAGAAAAAAACAGUGCUUAUAACCCCCAAACAGUGUAAUGACUAGCACAGGUUUCUUUUAUCGUGAGGACGCAUAAAGCCAGCAUUCCGCCACACCGACGGGGGCAACAUUCCUUUGCGUAACUUGUUCGACGCAGUGCCAGUAGGUCUGGUGCACGAAGCGCCCAUCUUCACCUAGAAUUACCACCACCGAACAGAACUCCGACCGCCGUGCCUCUCCACUGAUUGCUCUACCCUCCGAUCCUAUUGCGGAGCGGAGUGUUCUAUCAGGAAGCCUACUGAAAAAGGAACACACAUAUAACCGAAAAUGACAUCAUCAUCAGAACUGGACACCUUGCGGUCCGAAAUCGAGCGCCUAACGCGGGAGCUAGACCAGGUGAGCAGCGAGAAUAUUCAAUCGGCCAAGUAUGGUUUGGGGCUGCUGGAGGAAAAACAAAACCUGCAAGUGAAAUGUGAGGAGCUGGAAUCGCUGUACGAGAAUACCAAACUCGAACUCGACAUUACACAAGAGGCUUUACAAAAAUUUCAAAAAACCCAACAAGUCACCACGAAGACAGGCAUCGAACAGGAAGAUGCAUUGCUCAACGAAUCGGCGGCGAUGGAAACAUCCCUCAACAUGCAGAUCGUGGAGCUGGAAAAUGAAACCAAACAGCUGCGCCACGAGCUGGAUCGUGUCACGAGCGAACGGGACCGCAUGCUGCAGGAGAACGCCGAAAUUGGGCGCGACAAGUCCGGCACCGAGGCGGAACGGGCGCGGCUUAAGGCCGAACUGAAGGAUAUGAAGUAUCGGGAAGCCCGUAUGCUGGCCGAUUAUUCCGAACUCGAAGAAGAAAACAUUUCCCUCCAAAAGCAGGUGUCCAGUUUGCGCAGCUCUCAGGUGGAAUUUGAAGGCGCAAAGCACGAAAUCCGACGACUCACGGAAGAAAUUCAAUUGUUAAAUUCGCAAGUGGAAGAAUUGGCUAGUCUUAAAAAAAUAGCUGAAAAACAGAUGGAAGAUGCCUUGACUGCACUGCAAGUUGAAAGGGAGAAUAAAUACGCUUUGAAGAAAGAGCUUGAUGCACAUAUCAACCGUGAAUCGAUGUACAAUAUAAGUAAUCUGGCAUAUAGUAUACGUAGUAUGGAAGAAAAUGCCCUGAACAGCAGUGACUGCGAAGAGGAAAUACCAUCAUUAAGAGAUUCCACCCUAAAACGCUUGGAAGCUACGCUCGAGGCAGAAACAGCAGAUCUGAAAUCCCCCGAUGGCACAAAGGGUGACCUGUUCUCUGAGAUCCAUCUGAAUGAACUUAAAAAACUCGAGAAACAACUGGAAACGAUGGAAACCGAGAAGCUCUGCCUGACUGCCAAUCUGCGCGACGCUCAACAGAAUCUGGAUAAAAGCCAGAACGAUUUACAAAACUUUAUGGCAAAGUUGAUGUUGUUGGCAGCACACGUGGACGCACUGCACACGCUCAAAAAGCAGAUUCAAAUCGAAGAAAACAUAACCGUGUCUGCUGCAAAGGACAAGGAUGUGAAUGACAAAUUGAACGAAGCCAUCAUGCAGUACUCGAGCUGGUUUACACUAAGCUCAAAGGAAAUUGAUACUCUUAAGGCUGACUUGGCAGAACUUCAAAAAGGAUUGAACUGUUCCGAUGCAAUGACUGUACUGCGUAAUGAAAUUACGAAUCUAAAGAACAAGUUACUGUCGGUUGAACAAAAGUCCUUGGACUUGCACAGUGAUAUUCAAGUGCUUACGACACUAUCGCAAACAGCCGGCCAGAGUUUGAACACGACGCGUACUAAUCUGGUUGCAUUGAGUGACGAUUUAGCGCAGCUAUAUCACUUAGUAUGCACGGUUAACGGGGAAACUCCAAAUCGUGUGCUCCUGGACCACAAGAACGAUGACUUAAGCUUCGAGAACGACUCAUUGACGGCGAUUCAGUCGCAGCUGAAAUCGGACAUUCUCACCUCGAAGCCGCAUGUAUUCGAAGACCUGCAAGCAUUGAGCGAUGCAGUUGAAAUUCGCAAAUACGUUGACACUGUGAGUGAUCAGAUUCGGUACCUUAAAACGGCCGUCGAGCACACGAUCGAGCUGAACAAGGAUAAGGUGGUGACCGAUUCGUCUGUUACAUCGUCGGGCGAUGUAAAGGAGGCAAAGGAAGAGAUUGCCGAUUUGCACGAACAAAUCAUCAAACUGCGCAGCCUGCUAUCGACAAAGCGAGAACAGAUUGCAACGCUGCGGACCGUUCUUAAGUCCAACAAGAACACGGCCGAGGUGGCACUGACGAAUCUGAAAUCGAAGUACGAAAACGAGAAGCUGGUCGUGAGCGAUACUAUGUCAAAGCUGCGAAACGAACUACGAAUUUUGAAGGAAGAUGCGGCAACAUUUUCCAGUCUUCGCGCUAUGUUUGCUGCUCGCUGCGAGGAGUAUGUGACUCAGGUUGACGAACUAACGCAUCAGCUUGCAGCAGCUGAAGAGGAGAAGAAAACCCUCAACCAGUUACUUCGAUUGGCUGUACAGCAGAAGCUAGGAUUGACACAAAAACUCGAGGAGCUUGAGAUGGACCGUGAAAUGCGUCAUGUGCGCCGUCCUGCAGCUUCUCAGCGUGGUGGCGGUGGUGGUGGUGGAGGAGGAGGCGGAAAGUCGGCCUUCUCGCGUGGCCAGCCGGCCCGGAACAGCCUUCAAAACCCGAACAGCAACAGCAAUAGUAACAAUCCGAACCAAGCUUUCUUCUAACAUAAGGUGAGCGUACAACGUAAAAUUCUGGCGUUCCUUUACACGCUGCUUAAGCUGUAAAGCGGAACUUGUACCGGGGUAAGGGGUUGUUGUAGUUUUAGGUAACGAUAAAGUGGAGGGAUGAAUUACAACCAAAAAUUAUCAUCGGCAUAUGUGAAUCUUUCAUCGAUCUCCAGGGUUACGAUUUGGUUGUGUCUUGUUUUACGCUCUUUUUCGUAAACGUUCAGAAAACACAGAGCUAUGACCAGGUGGUCCGUCCCACCAAUGAAUGAAUGAAAUCGCGUAGUUGCGUUCCUGUAGCGAAUGCAAAUGACCACGAGUAGCUGUUUAACAAAGAAAAGCAUAUUUCCAUCCAUUAUGAAACGAACGAGAAUUGAAAAAAUUAGUUGCAAUAUACAAACUCGUUGUAAAACGUACAGAGCAGCGUUAAGGGUGGAUGUGUGUAUCGGAGAAAGGCAGAACACAGUGCGUCCAGUAAACCUGUGUAAUUGUCCGAAGGACACAAACGAGCGCGCCGCUUUAAGAUAUAUUUAUUCGCACCGAGUGUGGCAGCUGCAAUAGCGUUUGAACAGAUUAUUGCAACUAACGACAAGCCCGAAUAUAUGGCAGCCUAGUGGAAGUGAGGUAAAUGGAGAGAUGACUGAUUGAGAAGUGACGCAAACUGAUCAAGGUACACGUUUUGUUUGGAUUAUAUUAAUUAUUGAACAUUAGAAAAUGCUUAUCACACGGUUCGACAACUUUAUGUUGAACGGUGUCGGUGGUUGUGGUAUGGAUAAUAUUGGAUGGCUAUAGCAUCGCAAUAGCAUGAGUAGCCACAGUGCAAUUUAUUUCAGAAAUUAUAGAUAGAUGUUAUUUAUUAAUUCUGCAGGAAACACCAGACCGAUACUGUAACAGAAUUGUUACCGAAUACUUUAACUGCAAAGAAACGACGAUGCGAUUAUCCAACUAACGGCGAAGUUCUUAUCUUUACCCAGGCACUCAUGUGACACAAUUUAACGAAAGGGACCUUUUGUUCAACGGUUGUAUUGGUGACAUUGUAAAGCACACGACGAAAUCUGGACCAACAUUUUUACGACAACUUCCCACUCGUUCCUGAUGCUAAAUUAAUACGCAUCGUAGUAUUUUAUCACGUAUUUACUCUCCGAUGCUGCCAUAAGGGUGCGCAAGGAAAGUGAGAAGCAUGUGGGUGGAGUGAAUUUGUCACACUUGCGGAAUGCACUGGUAUGGUGUGUAAAACUGAUUUCAAUCCUUCAAGAUUAUUCGACACCACUGCUUCUACUGCAUUUUACAUAUGAUAAUAGCAAUGGUACAGCACUUUUAGAGGACGGUCGUUUUUUCUUGAACACUAAAUUUGCAAAGUUUAAUGAAAGGGUUGUUGGUAGAAAAUCCUUUCAGCAGGAAAUUGGUCCCAUUCGGUGUCUAGCAUCGCACUUCAUUUUUAUAUUUUAUUAGGUCUUCCCUAGAUUGGUAGAGUAAAAGUCAUUCGUUUAAAAGUCGGUUGUUUGACACAUUAUAAUCGCGGUAAAAUGUUAAUAGUUAGGCAUCCCUCACACUAGAAGCGCGAAAAUUAUUUGCUAAGUAUCCGUUCUUCAUUGAUACAGCAACUAGUAACUAUCUGUCCAACAUAGUACAGGUUAGGUUUUCGAAAUUGUGAUUUUUGUCAGUUACGAUAUGCAACAUAUUCUCACAGACAUUGAUAGAGCAAAGUAAAAUAGUGAAAAUCUUAGGAGAACCGUAUCAGAACAGGUGUCAAAAUUAAUGAUAAAAAACACAGAAACAAAUUAGUCACCACUAGACGCACUCGUCGAUGUUCUACGUUCUACGAGUGUGGGUCCUCAUAGAAAAAAAUCUUCUAUUCGUCCAAAAUUAAUUAUUAGAACGUUAUAUCCUCUAAUCAAUCCAUUUGCCAAUAUUUUUGAGAAGAAACAGGUUAUGUGAAUAAUAAAGAUAUUAUAACAACAAAACUACAUGGACAUUGAAUGUAGCUGUUUGUUGUGUGUGUGCGUGUUGUUGCAUCUGAUCAUGGAGGAAACGAACAGCACAGUCACACACGAAUGACACGAAUCGUACCGGCAGAAAGAACAUCGCAUUAGCGUAUGGUGUCCGUAAAAAUCCCGUAGAAUUGGAUUUAAGACAGAUAUUUGAUUAAACAUAACAUUGUAAAAGUCUACCGAGCCAUAUAUUUAUUGUAACAUAGUGGAAAAGCAACGAAUAUCUCGAGGCGUGAAAACGGAACAGCAGAGCAACAGUUCAUAGGAGUAUCGUUCUCAAAGUAAUGUUUAAGAAAAAUAUUUGAAAAAGCCAAACGUUGCAAAAGAAAACUGGGUCAAUAUGACUAACACGUUAAAUCCUGGCCGUUCUAAGGAAAAAAAAUCUGACACGCUAAACACGGAGAAACAAAAUCGAAUAAAGAAAGGUUAAUGUUCAAAUUAUUGUGCAAUAGCAACUAAGGACAGGAAUAAUUGUCAUCAGGCCGACAUUUCGUAGCUACUUAAAUGGACAGCAUUGAAAUUAGCACAAGAAGAUUAGUACGAAGUGCGAUACGAAGUAUGAACAGUAUGAACUACGAAAUUAAUAAUAAUUAAUCACCGUCCCUUUUUUGAAAUGAUGAUGUUAGGCAGAUGGCUCGAAAGAGUGUAAUAAUUAACUAUACGAAGAUGGUACGACGGCGAAAGGCAAUUUUUUGUACUUACCUAGAGUACAUUUGAUAUCAAAUCGACAUCACACGGUAAAGGUAGAACAAUUGUUUAGAGAUAUUCCAGCAUAUUGAAACCAAACACUCAUUUGGAUAUCUCAUGUAUUGUGUAUGUGUGUGUGUGUGAAUGUGUUUUCCCGUUUUAUAUUGUAAUUAUACAAUGAAUCAUAUGUAACACGUUUAUGAGUUAUCUUUAGCACACAACCAAAUGCUAAGAAAAUCACAAGCAUCGUGUGUUGUUUUGAUUUCGUUAAAUCAUGAAUUGAAUGUUCAUUUAAUUGCUAUUAAAAAAAGCAGGUUAGGUACUAUGAUUUGAUAAAUCACGGUUAAAUCGAUUAUACAAUUUAAAGAACACAUACUGUUAGUUUCCGGUAUAUGUGAUAGUGUUGUUUCAGUAUCACCUAGUUUUGUUACAGAAUCGGUGUAGAAUGAAAGACACAACAAAAUGUAAGCUGUAGAAGCAACAUACAAUCCGAAAAUGGUAGUCCACAAGUGAGUAAAUUGUACUGCAGUACAGAGCAGGAGAUUAGCAGCUUAUUGUUUUGACACUACUCAAUGUAGAUAAAAUUGCGAAACAAAACACACUUAUAAUGCAGAAUAGUGUACCACGGAAUAACAGCAAACGAUUGGAACGUUAGAAAGGUUUUAGUACACCAAUUACUAGCAUGAUAAAAGUAAACCUAUGGAAAUAGUUUCUACGUCUCAUUUCGAUUGAAACCAUGAGUUGUGUUCUACGAGUACUGAAUUGUCAGAACACUUGGUAUAUGUAGUGUGCAAAAAUCCCUCCUUUUGUAUCCAUAUUCGUAAGGUUAUUUCCAGAACUAUAGCAGCAUAAUGGUAGUGUUCAUUUGAUUAGCAGCAGUUUAGUAGGUGUAGUGAUAAACUGUAAGUAAUUAUCAAAAACAACAAUCGUAUUCCCUCCUAGCGUAGUGAAAAUUAUACAAUACUAACCAUAAUUCGUUCGUUCAUUUGCUACGUCAGAAGAAAACAAUCAGGCAUAGGUUCCCUACAGGACAACAAGAGUGGAAAAAAGAGUAGAGAAGGAAAGUGAACGAACAACGGUGGACUACUAACUUCCAGGAGACAAUAGUAAUCCACACAUGUCCAUAUUGUGUCUAUUCUUCGCACAGGUUUGAGUAAUGUUUUGUUUCUGUUGGACACAUAGCAACCAUUAAACUGGUAAACGUGGUAAAA